AUGACCCUCGCUUCACUCUUCGUCACUUCCCCUGGGCACCGGAACUCGAGUAUGAAGCUGACAGCAUUCGUGGCGGAGCGGACGUUUACCGCCGGUCCGCUCGUACAGGCUGACUCGUGUAUUAGAGAAGGACGAAUAUCUGGAGUGGGAAGAGCGCUACUACGCGAGAUGCGAAGAGAAUUAUCGCUGCGAGGUAGAGUCCUAUCGACGUCUCUUGAUUUACCAAGGGUCUAUCGUUCCUCGGUUCUUCGGGCAUGGAAGGAUGAAGCUACCGAAACGAAUCAUCUCGCCUCCCUUCCUCUUACUCGAAUACAUCCCCGACGCAGUAACGCUCUUGGAAGUCGACCCACAAGUCGUACCCCACUCCCUAUGCAAGGACUUCGAGAUGGCUGUGCGCCAGAUCCCACAACGGGUGGGGCUAAUUCACAAUAA